GACAUGUCCUCCACAAUAGAGAUGCCAUGACUGCUGGCUUCUUCCAGCCAUUGCCUCCAACAACUGUCGUGGUCGAUAAGGCUCUUUCCCAAUGUGUGCGGCUUGUACCUGUGGAAAUGCCUGACAAAAUCUGUGGUUGUUCACCGGAGUCAUUAAGGGUCAGUCCAGGAAAGACUGUUGCUGUAGUAACAAUGAAUGGACGAUAUGAUCUAAGCAUGCCCGAGUUAUUUUGUGAGGCAUGCCAAGCCACUUGGACUGCUGCAGUGGCCGACCUAAACAGAAGUGACUACUGGCCGGCAACUCUUCAGUUUGCCACAAUUUAUACUACCGAUAUAUUUUUCUCAUUUGAGGAAAUGAAGAUGGUGGCACCAGGACUGUCCUGUCAAGCAUUUUUAAGAAUGCUGGAUCAGCGAACUGUUCGUUUUGGUCGUACUGGCAAGAUCUCUGCAGACAGUUUUCAGAAAAGUUUUUUUGAGUGGGAGGCUGUGCGAUUUGAGGUGGACAGUAUAUGCAAGGAAGAGCCCUUCAUCUGCCCUGCAUGCUCCCCAAAUAUGCUCGCCGUUUCCGUAGAUGGAAACCGCAAGCAUUACCGUUUUAAGAAUGCUGCUAGAUCUGAGGAACAGGCCAUCUUUGAAGGCAUCUUUAUAGCCAAAGAUGAAGAUGUUACAAGAUUUGUGGACCACAUUCACAGCACAACCAAACAUGUCAGUGGGAGAGGUGUUUGUGGAGGGGAGUGGACAGCAGCCAGGGAGACCUCCCAAAGAUCUGCCAGCAAGGUAGACGAAGAGGGAUUGGAGCUUGCGGUUUGUCGGCACGGAGUGCUUCUCUGUGCUUUAAAUAUGUACAGGGGUGAAAUGUUUGCCUAUCCCCUGUACCUUCAAGAAAAGUUGGCCAGUAGGCAAGUCACUUUUUUUUGUAUGGAUGUGACCUGCAAAUAUUGGCCCUACCUGCAAAGAGUUACAAAAAGCUGCCCAGAGCUCCAGCACCUCCUUACCAUGAAGCCAUUCCUUUCGGUAUUUCAUGCCAAAGCCCAUGAUUUUAAAUGUGAGGUGAAAUGGAGUGGGGCGUAUCAGGAUGGGGCUGGACUAACACUAGGGGAGGAGGUGGAACAGUGCAAUGCCUUCCUCUCUAGGAUUGCAGUGACGACAAAACAUAUGUCAAAAGCAGGACGCACAGACAUGCUGACUCUCAUGGCCAUGCGCUGGAAUCAGCAAAAGUUCCGAAAUUUGGCAGUUUCACUGACUCGCCGAUAUCAGAAGACCAGAAAAGCUCUGCAAAGCCAGUUACAAAACCUAGAGUCCUUGAAAGCCCAAUUGGCAGUGACAGAGAGCCAACUGGAAGACUGGGUCAGUGAUGUAAAGGAGUGGGCAGACACAGCAAGAGUAACAACCACAAAUGAUACUGAUGGCUUGGCCAGCAGAAUUGAGGUCCUGGUAGCGAGUAUCAAGAGACGUUCCCAUCGGCUCUACAAAGAUACCGAUGGGAACAAAGGUCGUGCCAGAAUCCGCCGCAAGAUCAGGGAGGAGAAGGGCAUCCUGACAUCUGUUGUGGAGAAAUACAACAGAAUGGUUCCAAGCUCAGAAAGUCUUUGCAUGGAAACUAUUCUGUCUGGUGAGACAGCUUGGCCAUGGCAGCUACCACACAGUGACUCUGUCGAUCUAAGGACAAAAAGAAGAGCGUUUGACAUCAUCAUGUCAGUAAGAAGACUUGAGGAGGAGCUGAAGAUUCUUGUGGCAGAGAUGGACCACCACUGGAAAUCUCUUUCAACUCGUGCUGAUACCCUCAGAGAGCUGUCCCACAUGUUUGCCAGUGAGACAAUGAGAAAUUCACCAUGUGGCUUAAGUGAAGAGGGUUUGAAAGGUCUGCAGAGCAUCAUCCUGAGAAAGCAACAUAAAGUCAGAGAAAUGAAGGUGCAAGCAAGAGACUGUACAAACUGUAUAUUCUACAUUAGCAAACUGUAUAUUCUGCCUCUAUAG